AUGUACGAGUGGUUGUCCCGCGCCGAAUGGUGCGACGUGCGGUUGCUGUGCGGCGGGCGUAGCUUGAGCGCGCACCGAGCGGUCCUCGCCAGUGUCAGCACAUAUCUGAGAGAAGUACUUCUCUCGUGUCCAGCAAAAGAUUCGCCAGCGUAUAUCAUCUUGCCAGAUUUUGAUCUCUAUGCUGUGUCGUCCGUUUUGUAUUAUAUUUAUCACGGCGAAGUUGUAAUUCAACGAUGUCAACUUAACGAAUUUUUGGAUAUCAUUAGGAAUUUGGAGAUUUAUAUUGACCCGCAGUAUUUUAAAAUUAGUAAUGGUAUGGAACAUUUAGAUCAUGGUAAGUAUCAAGAAAAUAAUUUGUCAAAGAAUGAUGAGACAUUUGCGAAUAGCGAACGCGAGUACGUUAAUAAGAAGAAAGGAAUUAAAAAUAUCAUAUGUAACGUACAAUGUCCGUUCGAUGGUUUAGAUUUUGGAGAUAAAGAGAUCCGGACUCGGAGUGAAAACUUUAGUUCAUCUGCGGGAGAUGUAGUGCGAUGUGAAGACCGACAAAGAGGCUCGUUGCUACGUGAUUUAUUUAUUGAGACAUAUGCUCAGAACGGUUGUAGUAACGGUCUGGGGGCGGGCGUGCUGGCAAUAUCAAAUGAGCACUAUCGUGAACCGAGAUCUGUUGUUUUCACGAAUGCUAAUGCCGCCCAUCCUAACACACACGCCGAGACACAUAAGAUCGUGUCUGAACUAAGAUCGUACAUAUUACCGACAUCCCAGAGACCUCUCUCCUCAUAUAAAAACCGUCAAGCUUUCAACAACUGUACGACGGAAUCAUUUGCUGAAUUGGCGGAAAUGCAUAGAAGUAAAAGCGGCGAGAAAAAAAUAAAUGAAAAUGGGAACUUGCCUCUAAAUUUUAAAAAUAGUUUUUUAAUCAGAUCAGAAAGUUCUACAUUAGAUUUAAGAAUGUCGGUAUUUAAAAAUGACGAUGUCGAGUGUAUUUUCAAGAGGAGGAAUUUUAACGAGAAUUCUUCAAUUAAACUGUGUAAUCAAGAAAUACAUACUAAAAUUGGUGUUAAUCACAAGGAUAUCAAUUCUAAAGGAAUAGAGACAAGAGAAGUUAUCCUAAAUGAAGUGCUAGAAAGUCCUUGGAGUCCUCGGUUACCUUAUUAUUAUAAACCAUUUCGUAGAAAAACCGCUGAAACUGUUUCAGUUAAUUCGAUUAAGAGUCAAAUCGAUGUGGGUAAUGAUAAAAAUAAUAACAUAAAUGAAAUACUUUUGACUACUAGUGGAGAUACGAGAAACGAUACAAAUAGUGAAAUUGAAGAUGCAGCAAUAUCACGUUCUUGUGUGAACGCUGGAGACGACUUAAAAUGCACAACUUGUAAUCAGGUUUUCACGAGUGAGGAAUCUUUUACAACGCAUAUGCGUCGGCAUACAUCUAUAACUAGAUACAGCUGUGGAGAAUGUUACAAAACCUUUUCACAACUCCGCAACUUUAAAUAUCAUAUGUCGGUGCAUCGCGGUACUAAAGAGUUCGCCACUACUUGCCCAGUUUGCGGGAAAUACUUCAACGAUAGAGGAUAUCUAAGUAGUCAUAUGAAAAUUCAUAGAAAUCGAAAGGAGUACAAAUGUUCAAUGUGCCCAAAGUCGUUUAACCAGCGAGUGGCUUAUAAUAUGCAUGUAAGAAUACACACAGGUGUAAAGCCGCACGUGUGCGAGGAGUGCGGCAAGGCGUUCUCUCGCAAGAUGUUACUGAAGCAACACGCGCGGACGCACUCCGGCGAGCGGCCCUACGCCUGCCCGCACUGCGACCGCCGCUUUGCCGACCGCUCCAACAUGACCCUGCAUUUAAGACUGCAUACUGGAGUCAAGCCCUUCUCGUGUUCGCUGUGUCCUAAAUCAUUUACAAAGAAGCAUCACUUGAAGUCGCAUCUCAAUUUCCACACCGGGGCCAAGCCGUAUUCGUGCCCGCGGUGUAAACUCGCCUUUACACAGUCUUCCAACAUGAGAACCCAUCUUAAGAAAUGCAACGCGCCUGAUACAAUACUCACACCAGAAGCCUCCUCUUAA